UGAGGAGUGCUGUCUCGGAGGGGGCGUGGGUGAGUUUGGGCUUUAUAAACGCAGCGAAUGGGCUUCAGCACGGAACACACUUGUUGAGUGAUCUGUAGGAGGACAGUCUGACGCGAGCCUGACACACCUAAACACCCCGUUCGAUCGGAAAAUGACGACGGCGAUGAUGAGAAGAUUUGUGCUGUUCGUCUGCUUGUUCUUCACAGUCGUUCAGUCCAUCACAUGCGAGGCGAACAGGAUAGAUGUGCGCAAGAAGCACGAAAACGACGUUGCGCACCACAGCUCUGCCACAACAGCAGGAGCGUGGAAUCAGGAGAAGCCAAAGAGACUCUUUGCCAGGACUCGCUAUCUGUCUCAGCAGAGACAUCAUGUGGUGAGACCUAAGCCCAGGCCUGAGGCGGUUUCUCCAGCCCAGACUCCAGCGCGGCGCUGCGCCGGUCUGAUGGAGAGCUGCUCCCCGCUCACUCCCUGCUGUGACCCAUGUGCCUCCUGCCACUGCAGGCUCUUCAACACCAUCUGCCACUGCUGGAGACUCGGACACCUCUGCCCCAAGAAGACCUAAUCACCCCAGACGCAUGUAUAUGGAUCGGUGCUUCUCAGCUGCUUUCACUUUAGCUCUGCACAUUGGACAUCAAAUGUUGUUUAGCGUACAAAAACAAAGUCAUGGAAAGUUGCUUAUUGGUUGGUUUAUAAGUAUUUCUUGAAAUUUGAUGGUAUCUCGUUCCCAGCUUUCAACAAUUCACCAUAUGAAGCCAUUUUUGUUUGUUUUUUGGUGAUGGCACAUCUUUCUCAUUUGACUCGCUUCUACCAAGAUUGUGCCAAAAUACUGCUCGAGUUUAGUUGCAUACUAUUGAUGUUGAAGGAAUAUUCUGUACAACUGGCAUAUUGUUGAUUACCACAGAAAUUAUCUCAUUUUUGCUUUAAAACCAGCAGAAAGCACUCGCACCACAUUAAGUGAACAAGGCCAAUUUUAAAAACAGAAAUGUAAAGCUUGUGAUUUAAAAAAAAAAGCUCCUACAUCAUUUUUUUUUUACUUUUUAUUGGAGCGGUGAAGCUGUUAAAAUCAUUUUUAUAGUCAUUUAAGGUUUUAAAAUGUUAUAAAUAUUUGUAGACAGAAAAGUUUAGUGAGUGAAAUCAUAUGAAAACAAA